AUGCAGAAGCGCACCGCUGCAACCGAUGCUGCCGUCACCGCCGCCAAUGCGCCGUCUCCUCGUCAGCUUCAAGUCCUCACGCCAACAAAUACAGCUUCAAACGUCGGCAGCGACGCUUCCCUGGGCUCCGAUUCUUCACAGUCACCCUCGGCAUUGACCGUGAGAUCUUGGUCAGAUAGAGACACUUCACUUUUAGACUUGUACUAUGAAUAUUUCCAUCCAAGUCACCCGUUUGUACUGCCUCGGCGAGCCCUUCAGGCCAAGCUGAGCCUCUUGGAUGACCUACCAAGUCUUCGGCUACUGGUCAAUGUGAUGCAGUACAUUGGUUCCUGCUACAGGGACCCGGUCGCUCGUCAACAUCAUCUCCGAGCAAGCAUUUACACUUCGGACGCUGCUGUCGACGGCUUCACUGUCCAGUCCACUCUGCUCAUGUCCCUGGCUGAGAGCAUGUGUGACGAGGUAACUGAAGCCGAAAAAUUAUUCGCCAGGGCAUUGGCGCAAGCACGACUCAUUGGCAUGAAUAAGAAGGACUUUGCGGACGCAGAGGUGGGAUUUGAUCCAGUUCUUGCCGAGAGUUGGCGUCGGACGUGGUGGAUGGUCUACGUGGUUGAUGCCAAUUACUGCAUCAUCCGUCAAGACUACAAAACGGCUCUACUAGGUGGCGAGAACAGCGUGGACCUGCCUUGUGAGGAUGAAUCUUACGGCCAAUUGACAAUACCGCCCACGGCGUCAACCAUGUCGGAUUACCAGUGCCGCGAGUAUGCAUUGGACGACAAGUCAUUCUCUUCCUUUACCUAUCUGAUCGAUGCAAAUCGCAUAUACGUCAGGGCCAUACGCUCCUCGACACAGUAUUCGGGCGUUUCCCAGGCAGAGAUGAUAUGCGGCAAUAUGGAAGCCGAAAUAGCCUCCUGGUUCAUCAUGCUGCCAUCUUCAAAGCGUGACCUCCCAGUCCAGCAGGAUGCCAUGAAUCAGCUCAUGUUCCAAGCGCACAUAAUGAUGUAUACCGCUCUUGUAUUCCUACACCGCCCACUUUCAAACCUAAGUUACAACGCCGCCGAGGCCCUGUCAGACUGCGGCAGCCCUCCCCCGCCUCUGCGUCCCGAAGCCAGCAUCGGCAGCAUCAUGGAUCAUCAGAAGCACGCAGACAAGCUCUUCGACGCCAUUCGAAAGCAAAACCAGUGUCUGAUUCUGCUCCCCAUGCGCGCCGCCCAACUGUCCCCGUUUCUCAUCUGCACCGUCGCUUGCUGCACGAUUGCCCACCUGGUGGCCUGCAAGGGGGCGUUUGCGCCAGACGAGGCCGAGAUUGCACGAUGCCGCAUCCGAGUCUCCAUGGGCACCCUCAAGCACUACGAAGAUAUUUGGCCCAAGGCAAGAAAGAUUCUAACGCAGCUGAAGAAAAUUGCCCACGCUAUCCUUCAGGCUGGCGCCGUGGCCCAGACGCCAAUUGCCGACUUUGAGAUGCUGGCGGAGCAGGACGCCAUGUUUGCCAACUUUUUCGACAGGGACUGGUUACAGGCGUUUGAAGCGAGCGCAGCGUGA